AUAGUCAAUCAACAGGUUAAUGCACAUCGUCGUCUAACUUUAAAAAAGAAAACUACAAAACGAUAACUGUGCAUUUAAUACAAAACAAGAGAGCAAGUUACCAAGAGAGUGAAAAUAUUUAAAUAUAAAUUCCCAUUAAAUAAACAAACCAACAGACACAAUGCACAUGACAAUUGCCCUAAAUCAACCCUGGCCCUAUUUGUUCUCCCUACAAAUCCUGCUGGCCAUGACACUAAUGAGCUCAAAUUGGGAAUCUGUUAGUGCCAAUGCUGUUACCCCCGAAAUUCCCACAGUCAGCGAUAAUGAAAACGAAUUCAUGAUGGAUAAUGAUGAAGAUGUGCAUCAAUGGGGCAAGAGAGAGGCAAAACAAUGGAAUCAAUUGAUGCAUGCAUGGGGUAAGAGAGAAUCAACAAACUUCAAUAACGAUAUGAUGGAAAAUGAAGACAUGGUACCAGUACUGGCAUAUUUUGCAAAUCCAGCCAUUAACUAUGAAAAUGCCGAUAUGGAUGAUGAGAAUAUUUUGAACGAAAAGCGAGGAUGGAAGAAAAUGAAUGUAGCCUGGGGUAAGAGACGUAAUGCUUCUCCCUACAUGAACAGAGAUUUUGUACCUUCUGCUUCAGCCUCCGGAUCAUGGGGUAAACGUGAGCCCAAUUGGAACAAUUUGAAGGGUAUGUGGGGUAAGCGAAGUGCCAACCAGGACUGGCAUAGUAUGCGCGGUAGCUGGGGCAAGCGUGCUGCCCAAUUACCCGAAACCAACUAAAUUCUGUAGACAACUGAAGAGACCAUGUAAUAAUGUAAUGUAGAGAAACAAGAUAACUAUAACUAACUAUUUAUUAGUGGCUGCUGGUAUUUUGAACAUAAUCUUAAACUUUUUAAAUUUUUAGUAGAAAAACCACAUAUUAACUUAAUAAUAUGUAUAAAAACUAAUAUAAAAUAUUUCCAAAAAAUAUACAUACUACUAUAUAAACAAAUAAAUAUAUAUAUAUUAAGUUUAAGUUAAAAUAUUGCUUUAAAUAAAAAAUAUAUUACAUAAAAUAAUCAAAAAUCUUAAAUUUAUUUAAAACCUAAAUAAUAUAUUUUAAUAAAUAUUUCAAAAUAAACAAAAUUGCAUGAAAGCCUUUAAUUAUUUUCUUCUACUUGUAUU